AUGCGCCCAAGCAACUGUUUGCAUGGGAGGACUCGGUUGUCACUCUCCAAUCCCGCCAAUGCCAAUUUGGUGGACUAUACUGCUUUUCGUUAUGAUUGCACAAUUGCAUGUGAGCAAUGCGAAGAAAUGCAGCCGGUCACGUUUGCUGAGGCUCGUUUUCUGCUUCUCCAUUCCACCUGUCACGGUUGGGUGAACAAAAGCGUUCAGCACCAAUGGUUCGUGCUAGCGGAACGAUGA